GAGUAUAUGCCUCUGGCGAUUACACAAGCGGCUGCCUAUAUCAAUCACGGAGCCCCUCGCAUAACUGUCUCAAAGUAUCUGAGCAAUUUCAAUAAAGGAACCCAACACGUUAUGAAUCUCCUUGGACGAGACCAGCAGGAUUUCAGGCGGAAUGGGAACUCGAAAAACGCCAUGCUCACCACACUGCAGAUGUCCUUCGAUCAGGUAAUGGAAGUGAGACAUUCUGCUGCGGAGCUGCUAUCGCUUUGUGGGUACUAUGAUCGACACUUGAUCCCUCCCAAGGUAGCCGGUCUAGAUCUCCAUCCCACCGAAGAUGCUGUCGAAAUUGAUCUAGAUUUCGAGGAUGACUGUGCGAUGCUGAGGGAUUAUUGUCUCAUUGAGCCUGAUGGCGAUGGUGGUCUGUUUUCAAUGCACCGGCUGGUACAACUCGCCGUCAAAAGUUGGGUCCAGAGCAGACAAGAAACAGUCAGAUGGCAAACUACAGCCCUUCUUAAGGUAUCUGAAGCAUUCCCCACCUCUAAAUUUGAGAAUUGGGGAGAGUGUCAAUCCUUACUUCUUCAUGCCAAGACCGUUCUGGACUACCACCCAGUCGGCGUUUUGGUGUCCAACGAUCAGAUGUCACAAACGUCUACGUUCUUCUGGACGGAGCGAGCAUCUUUGCUUGAGAAAACGGGAAGCUUCCUUCAGAAUCGACGCGGCUUGUUCUCAAAGGCCGAAGUAAUGUUCCGAGAGGCCCUGGAUAUUCGCGAGAAGAUCCCCGGAGCAAGUCAUGAAGACACCUUGAAGGCUCUGGAGACUCUGGGUGGUAUCUGCCUUCCACUGGGUCGACCCGUUGAAGCUGAAGCGCCGUAUCGUCAGCUAUUGGAGCUGAGGAAGUUGCUAUUCGAGCCCCGCCACCGAGAUACCAUUAUUGACACUCGGAGAUUAGGGGUCGCACUCGCUACCCAAGGUAAAUUUGUCGAAGCAGGGAAGGAAUUCCGCGAUGUGUACAAUUCGAGCAAACAGAGCUUGGGACCUAUCCACGAUAUUACCGUGACUGCUGUGAACAAUCUAGGGUACCUCCAAUUUAAUCAAGGCAAUUUCGACGCUGCAGUGGAAACACUAAGGCUAGCAGUUGAAGACUCAAAAGCUGCGCUGGGUGAAAACCACCCGAGCACACUGGUGUGCAUGUCAAGUCUCACAGAUGCUCUGCGAAGCCAAGGCGACCUCGAAUCUGCAGAGCACUACGGUCGGCUGACACUCUGGGGACGCGAAGAGCUUUAUGGCAAGGACCAUCUGGAAACACUAGAAAGCCAAUAUAUUCUCGCCCAAGUGUUUCUCCAAUACAAGCGUUACAAAGAGGCUGAGCAAGCACACAACCAAGUUCUUCGACGCCGCAUUAAAGCCCUUGGAGCACAUCAUCCGCAUCCAUUCGACAGCAUGACCGGGUUAGCAUGGGCGCUAUUUUACGAGAAAAGAUACCCCCAGCGCUGGAUUUAAGCCAGAAAGCACUGGCUGGGAGAGAGAAACUUCUUGGUAAAGACCACCCGGAUUAUUUUCGGAGCGUUUAUCUGGGUGCGAGGCUGCAGCAUGUGAAGAAGGAGUAUAGUCGUGCUGAGCCAAUGUACCGGAAAGCCUGAGGUGGUUUUGAACGAUUGCUUGGUACUGAG